AUGAUUAAUUCUGAAGUGCGCAGCAGCAUAAAACACGCUCUCACGGGGUACAGGGAGGGAGACAGGCCUAUUCUGGAGGAGCUGGGGGUAGAUUUCAGCGCCAUAAAAAGAGACUCUCUCCGGAUAUUCCUUGUAAACAGCCACUUUGCGAAGGAGACAGACGACAUGGUAGGACCGAUUCUCUUCCUGGCGCUGUACGGGGCUCUGCUCGUUCUCCGGGGAAGAGUUCACAUCGGGCAUCUCUACUACCUCUCAGCACUCAGCUGCAUAUUCGUGUACGGUGUAACUGUGCUGAUGAAUAGUACUCCUGUGAGUGCGCUGGGAGUAGUGAAUGCGCUCGGGUACUCCCUCAUUCCCGUGCUUAUUUUCACGGUGGGAACGCACGUAAUGCCCUCCUGCAAAACCCUCCGGAUCCUGAUCGGGUGCGGAUUUUCCCUCUGGGCUACGGCCGUAGCAGCAGUUGAAAUCACGCGGAGAUUCCGCAUCGAGGAGAAGGGGAUCCUCAUAGGGUACCCGAUAUUCCUUGUGUUUACGUGCCUUGUAAUUUUGUCCGUUGUAUAG